AUGUCUCUUGACGCGACGCGAUUUACCAUGUGGCUGCAAACCCUCGUUCAGAUCAUGGCGCCACAUGUGGCCCUGCCAAGAGAAGUCAUUCGAUGCUCACGUGAUCGAAAGGAGACUCGCUUGAUUGAACGAUGCAACCCAUCGCCACUCCUUGCUCAAUGCCUUGCUCAAUGCCUUGCUCAAUGCCAUGCUCAGAGCACAGGCCCAUCUGCGACUGAUUGCAAAAUAUCAACUCCGGUCUCCCAACGCGCGAGAACCUCGCAUUAUACUGCCGCUUUUCUUAUUCCACCAGAAUAUCUCUUCUCCUCUCGUUCAUUUGCCAUCCGAGCUACUCCUAUACCUCUUCUCGCACACGAUCGAUCCCUUGGAUCGGGUCUACCUAGCCCUUACCUACAGAUGCCUUCUCCAGGGUUCUUCAUUCCUCGUUAUAAAAAUACCCUCCGUGGCGAAACACAGAUACAUAAACUCGCGAACGGAGAGCAGGUAUUAGGCAUAAUGGUUUAA